AUGAACCCACUCAAUUUGUUGAAGAGGUGGUCCUGGGGCUCUUCCCCGGAAGAAGAUGUAUUUGAUCCAAAGGUGCAUCUGAACUACGUCCCCCCUAUAAAGAAAUUCACAAUGGAAGAACUUCUCCUAGAUUCAAGCACGACCACAUCUCCCAUUGCGGGAACUGUGCCGUUUCCACUAUUAUCAGCAGAAGGUGUCAGGGCCUACCGAAGAGCCCUGUUCCAAAAGGAAGUGAUCGAAAACUGCGCCAGUUCCCCAUUCCCAGGAACAUUGGUCUUGCGUGAUGCAGUGAAAAAGUCGAAAUUUAUCAAUGAUUUUUGGACGCAUCCUGAUACAAUGAGAUUCGUAUCUGAAGCAAUCGGUGUACCUCUGGAGGUUGUGAUGCCGACGGAAAUAGGGCACACUAACAUCCAAGUUCAAGGCACCACCAUCGCAGAAAUGGCUAGUAAUCUGAGGGUUGAGCCGACGGCUGAAACGCUCGAGCUGAGUCCUGAAGAUCGAGCUUACGACCCAUUGACAGAUAAAAGCUCCAUCAUUCCAUGGCAUUAUGACUCGUAUCCAUACGUUUGCGUGUUGAUGUUGAGUGAGACUGAUGGAAUGAUUGGAGGCGAGACAUAUAUCAAGAAAGGAAAUGGAGAAGCUCAAAAAGUUGAGGGCCCACAACUCGGACACGCAGUCAUGCUCCAAGGCGGCGAAGUCUGUCAUUUAGCUGCUCGUGCCAAAGGCGUGAAAGAACGCAUAUCCACGAUCACCUCUUAUCGCUCCAAGAUGCCAAACGUUUACGACUCCAGCUAUAUAACCAAUGUCCGACCCUAUGCAGACACAGCCUCACUUUAUCCCGAAUGGGCACAGUACCGCCUGCGGAAACUGAGGGACGAACUUACAUACUUCCUUGAUGAGGCAGACAAGGAGUGUGACCCUGCCCAAGAAAGAAAAGAUAUACACAGCCUCAUAGACCAGCAAAUUGAUUAUCUGCGGCGGACUUCUCGCCAAAUGGUCGAUCCCGAAUAUACACAGCACAUCCUAAGCAAGUACGGCAAACCGGCAUACUAUGAUGCACCGAGGAUUUGGAAAGUUGUUCGAAACCUACCAGAUUUUGAACUCCUUGCAUCAGUAGCGGAUGCGGAACGGCGAUGGAAGCCGGAAAGUCCGUAUUGGAUGGAUCUCCAGAAAUCGAUCGAAACAAUCAAAUUUGGUAAACCGGUCCAAAGUGUUCUUGGGACUGCUGUGUUGAACAUGUCAAGUCGAUAUUAUAUGGGAGAUGAACUCCUGCGACAGGGGCUCAAUGAAGUGUUCUUAGACUGGUUCGGAGACUCCGGCCUCUGGGAAAUGUAUUGCAAGAUCUGA